CGCUUCCCGGCGUCCUCUCCGAAGGCGGAAAAGCGGGGAGGAGGAGCGCGGCGCGUCCGUGCCACCUGCCGACGGGGCGGCUGCUGGCCUCGAGGGCAGGGUCUCCCCCGAGCCGUGCGCCAUGGCGUCGGAGGGGCCGCGGGAGCCCGCGGGCGAGGGCAUCAAGUUGUCAGCAGAUGUCAAACCGUUUGUCCCCAAAUUUGCUGGGCUCAAUGUGGUGUGGUCAGAGUCUUCGGAAGCUCAUGUGUUCCCUGGCUGUGCAGCCCCGUAUUAUCCGUGUGCUCAGGAGCUGCCGGGGCCUGAGCAGAAACUCUACACUGAAGAUGUGGCCUUUGGAGCUUCAGCUUUUCCACCUCAGUAUCUGUCCUCUGAGCUCGCUGUCCAUCCGUGCAGCUACUCUCCUUACCCCGUGGAGUCUACACCGCGCGUGUGCCCGGUGCCCGGCGCCCCGUAUGCUUACGGCCACCCCGGCUGUUACCGAGCGUUUCAGACCCCGAAGCCACGGAGCGAGCAGAAAAAAACGUAUGAUGAACAAAAGUUUGAUAGCAAGAAGGCUGACGGAUCUCUGCCAUCUGAUGUAAAAUCGGGUAGAGGCUCACAUCCUACUUACAUUCUCGCGGAUGCUAAUUUGAAAUCAGAUGGUUAUCACAGACGAACGGACAGGAAAUCCAGAAUCAUCGAGAAAAGUGCAUCUGCCUCCAAACCAGAGUUUGAAUUUACCAGGAUGGAUUUUCCUGAACUGCAGGGUCCAGAGAACAGGGAGAGCGCAGAGACACGGAAGCAGCCCCGGUGGGGGCCUCUGCGCUCCGCCUCAGCUGACCUCUCUCUCCUGGGAGAGGUGGGGGAACCCACCGCGGGGACAGCAGAGGGUGAAGGAGCGACGAGAAGCCCGAGCGCGGCCGAGUCCGUGGCCGCCGGCGCCGCGGCCGGGCCCUCCUCGUGCGCCAGAGAGUUAUCUUGGACACCAAUGGGUUAUGUUGUUCGGCAGACAUUAUCUACAGAACGGCCACCGGCCCCUAAAAACGUUACUUCCAUGAUAAACCUAAAGACGGUUGCUUCAUCAGCAGACCCCAAAAGCGCUAGUAUGUCGCCCUCUGAAGUUUUCUCUGCGGACCCUUCCUGCAAAGAGAAACACGUCCACCCUACUAAGAAGUCCAAAGCGUCACAAGGUGGCGAUCCUGAGCAAAAUGAAGUCUCAAGAAAGCAUAAGAAAAAGAAAGAAAAGUCUAAAUCGAAAUACGAAGUUUUGACCAUUCAAGAGCCGCCAAGGAUUGAAGACGCCGAGGACUUUCCCAGCCUGGCUGCCGCGUCUGAGCGCAGGGACCGAGGGGCAUCUCCGCGACUUCAAUCCAGACAGCAGCCACAGAAUACUUUUAAAAACAGUGGAAAGAAGAGCCAGGUUCCAGUACAGCUGGAUUUGGGGGGGAUGCUGGCAGCCUUGGAAAAGAAGCAGCACGCUCAGAGCGCAAGAGCGUCCUCCAAGCCGGUGGUGUUCUCGGUUGGGGCGGUGCCGGUUCUCUCCAGAGACCCCGCGUCGGGGAAGAAGGGCCACUUCAGCCAGGUGAAGACCCCACACAACCCCUUGGACUCCAGCGCCCCGCUGAUGAAGAAGGGGAAGCAGAGGGAGGUCCCCAAGGCCAAGAAGCCGACGUCAUUGAAGAAGAUUAUUUUGAAAGAACGGCAGGAGAGAAAGCAGCAGCGACUCCAAGAAAACGCCGUGAGCCCGGCUCCUGCCAGUGACGCCGCGCUGGACGGAGAGAGCGGUGGCGACGAGGCCCUGGAACAAGCCGAGCCCUCAGAGGGGACGGAGGAGUCGGCGGCCCCCACUCCCACGGGGCAACGCAAGUCAGAAGAGCCGCCGAGAACCGAGUCCCAGAAGGAGGCGGACGGCCUCUGCCCGGUCCCCGACGGCGCCGGCUGCCCCAGGAUCCACAGCCGGAGAUUCCGGGAUUACUGCAGCCAGAUGCUGAGCAAGGAGGUGGACGCCUGCGUCACGGACCUGCUCAGAGAGCUGGUGCGCUUCCAAGACCGGAUGUACCAGAAGGAUCCGGUCAAGGCCAAGACCAAGCGCCGGCUGGUGCUGGGGCUGAGGGAGGUGCUCAAGCACCUGAAGCUCAGGAAGCUGAAGUGCAUCAUCAUCUCCCCCAACUGUGAGAAGAUCCAGUCGAAAGGCGGGCUGGACGAUACCCUGCACACCAUCAUCAGUUGUGCCUGUGAGCAGAACAUCCCUUUCGUGUUCGCUCUCAACCGCAAGGCUCUGGGGCGCAGUUUGAACAAGGCCGUCCCUGUCAGCGUGGUGGGCAUCUUCAGCUACGACGGGGCCCAGGACCAGUUCCACAGGAUGGUGGAGCUGACGAUGGCCGCCCGGCAGGCGUACAAGACCAUGCUGGAGAACGCACGCCAGGAGCUGGCGGGGGAGCCUGGGCCCCCCGCCCCGGGCAGCCCGCCCCCGCAGGGCCCCCCUGCUCCUGCCGCCGGGAGAGAUGAGCCGCGCUACAUGGAAAUCUGGAGAGAACACCUAGAAGCCUACAGUCGGGGUGCCCUGGAGCUGGAGGACUCUCUGGAGGCUUCAACCUCGCAGAUGAUGAACCUGAACUUAUAGGAAGACUCCUCGGGGUGUGUUGUGUAUUUGGGGUGAGGAAGGGGGGUGUGGAAGACUCUGGGGCCUUCUUCACAGUUCUUCUUGGCCUCGUGUAUUCUGUGUGGCUGUUCGAUUGGGAGGCGAAUCCGAGAUGUGCAUCCCGGGGACGGGCGUUCGGGUGUGCUGGCGGGAACCUUUCCAAAAAUUCCGAAGUCGUGGCUUUGGGUCUCUGAGCAUGCGGAGUCUGGAAAGGACUGGAAUGUGUGUGCUGCUCGGAGUUCUUUGCCGUGAAGGAACCGCCUCCGAUGUGGCAGAGCUGAGCCACGUUCGUUUGUGGAAGGAGCCGCGGGGUCACGGCCGGGCCGCUGCUCUUGGCCACUGCUCUUGACCACGGACCCAGCAGGGCCGCAAAGCAGUAGCCGGGCGGGGCGGGGCCGCUUUUGAGGCAGGGGACUUGCUGGGGACCUGGCUUUCUGGCUGGAAGAUGUGGGGAUACUUGGAGGAUUUGCUAAAAUGAGCCUCAGAGGGAAAAUUGGUUCUUUAAUCUGUGACCUCUUGAUCCGGAUUAUUCCUUUUUGUCUUUAUUUUUCAAAGAAGCGAUGUAUAUUGAAGUUCCUAAAUUUCAGUUUU